GGUGCUUCUGGCCCUCUCCCCCACGGGAGCACCUGGAGCGGGGGGAGCCCUGCGUCCCCUCCAGCCUGGCUCUGUCUCGCCCGCAGGCGGAACCAGGUCCUGCUCUGCUGAUCAUGGUCAACAAGACCUUAAAUUUCUGGGGUCCCGGUUUUGAGGAGGACGUUAUCAACAUCAACGUGGGGGGUCUGAGAAGGCGGCUCAGCUCCAGCGCCCUCUCCAAGUUCCCCGACACCCGCCUGGGACGCCUGCUCUCCUGCGACUCGGAGGAGUCCAUCCUGCAGCUCUGCGAUGACUACGAUGAGAUCGAGUACUGGGGCAUCAAUGAGUUCUUCCUGGACUCCUGCUGCAGCUACCGCUACCACGAGCGCAAGCUGGAGAGCCGGCACCACAACUGGGACGAGGAGAGCGAAGUCAGCAGUGUGGACACAUCCCCCGAUGAGAUCUCCGACAUCAACCACGACCUGCUGCACUACAGCACGCUGCGCUGCGGCAACGUGCGCAAACGCCUCUGGCUCACCAUGGAGAACCCCGGCUACUCCAUCCCCAGCAAACUCUUCAGCUUCGUGUCCAUCAGCGUGGUGCUGGUUUCCAUAGCCACCAUGUGCAUCCACAGCAUGCCCGAGUACCAGGAGGUGGAUGAGAACGGCAACGUGCUCGAUGAACCCGUGCUGCACAAGCUGGAGUAUUUCUGCAUCUCCUGGUUCACCUUCGAAGUGUCUUCUCGCCUCCUGCUCUCCCCCAACCCCAGGAAGUUCUUCAAGCACCCGCUGAACCUAAUUGAC